UCAGCAUGAUUAACCAUGUCUUCAGUGAGGACGUCUAUUCCAGGUUCUCAGGAGUGCAGCAGAAAUGCGUUGGGCAUGGAGUGUAUCCGCCCUCUGGUACGGACGGGGGUGGAGACGCCUGACCCCAUUAAAACCACUGUCCACGGGAACAUCCCAGCCUGGAUCAGUGGCAGCCUCCUGCGGAACGGGCCGGGCAAGUUUGAGUUUGGCAACGAUAGCUACAAACACUGGUUUGAUGGCAUGGCCCUUGUUCACAAGUUCAAGAUAGAAGGUGGCCAGGUGACCUAUGAGAGCCAUUACAUUCGUAGUGACAGUUACAAGGCCAACAGCGAGAACAACCGCAUCAUGGUGUCAGAGUUCGGUACCCUGGCCAUACCAGACCCAUGCAAGAACUCCCUCCAGCCUUGUAUGUCCACCUUUGAAGUGCCAGAACUGACAGACAAUUCCAACGACAACUUUGUUAAAUACAAGGGAGACUAUUACAUCAGUGCAGACCUCCAGUACAUGCGCCGGUUUGACCCUGAGACCCUGGAGUCAAAGGAAAAGGUGGACUGGAGCAAGUUUGUUGCUGUCAAUGCAGCCACAGCCCAUCCCCACUAUGGACCUGAUGGAGCGACAUACAACAUAGGCACCUCAUACAACGAUAAAGGGCCCUUCUACCACAUCAUCCGUGUGCCUGCUGAGAAGGCAGAGCCAUCCGAGACCCUCGAGGGCGCUGAAGUGCUGUGUACUAUCCCUUCAAUGGACGGAGUCACACUCUCUUACUGCCACAGCUUUUCAAUGACAGAGCAUUACCUGGUGCUCUUGGAACAGCCUAUGAGGUUGGAUGUGAAGAAAAUCUCCGAAAUGCCUGGAAAGCCCAUAUAUCCUGGACUCAAGUGGGACCCCAGUUUGGAUACGGUGUUCCACGUGAUCAACAAGCACACUGGAAAGCCAUUCUCUGUGAAGUACCACGCCAAGCCACUGUUCAGCUUCCAUCAGAUCAAUGCCUUCGAGCAGGAUGGCUUCCUGUUGGUCGACCUGUGCUGCAGUGAUGAUGGGGUGGCCAUAGAUGAUUUCCUGAUGAAGAACAUGCUUAAGUCUGGAGAGCCCAGGGACCCGGUGAAUAUGUCAUCAGAAAUCUCCCCUCGCCGAUUCGUCUUUCCUCUCAAUGUGGACGACGACACGCCAAUUGAUCAGAAUCUGAACACCAUUCCCUCCAGCCUGGCCACUGCUAUCAAGGUUUCCAAGGACAAGGUGUUCUGUACCUAUGAAAAUCUCUAUUCUGAAGACCUCCAUAAGUAUGGAGGCAUGGACUUCCCAGGGAUUAACUAUGCCAAAUUCAACGCCCGACCUUACCGCUACUUCUACGGCAGUGGGAGCAGACACCUCCUGGGGGAUUCCCUCCUCAAGAUGGACCUCCAGGGGAAACGGCUGAAGGUGUGGGAUCACCCCGGGCUUUUCCCUUCUGAGCCGGUCUUUGUUCCAUCGCCCAACGCCACAGAGGAAGAUGAUGGAGUCAUUCUGUCUGUGGUCCUCACUCCCACCAAGGAAAACAGCUCUUUCCUUUUGGUCCUGGAUGCCAGAACGUUUGAAGAGCUUGGCAGAGCCGAGGUUCCUGUAAACAUGCCUUAUGGUUUCCAUGGCGUGUUCAACAGCAACAACUAGUGCCCUUACUUUCACAGCACUGCUAAUCCCAUUUUAAUAAACGUUUUUACUUCUGAAUAAUUCACUGCAGAUAAUUAGCCAUGCUGUUGACCUGAAGGAAGAGAGGAAGGGCAAAGAGGAAAAGGAAAUAAAAAAGGCAAAAGAAAGCAAAAGCGAGUGGCACUUUUAAGUUGGCCGGCUCUGCCACUUUUUGGCAGCGGCUUCCUCCCAAAUGCACCGGGAAACAGAAGAAGGAAUAAGAACCCCACAACAGGGAAAACCGCCUCUCUGGAGUCAUCUCCCGGUCUCUGCCACGCACUGUGGAGACGAGCACACCAAGAACCUGGGCUGAUUCGUUAACACCCACCCAACGCAACGACCCAACGCAACGAAAUCCAGCUCUCCACCUGACUAAACUUUACACUCCUCCAUCAGCAAAAUCCAGCCGAAGGCUAAUUCUCUGAGACGACUCCCUCCUGGGUUUUGGAACCAAAAAUGUAACGCGGUGUGUCACUACCCUGGGAGGGAGAUGCAGCACUUCCGGGAUUUACCCGUCUCUUGCCACAUGGAGAGAGAGAGAGCGCCCACACCAAGACAAAAUAAAUAAUGAAGUCUUUGCCCUUCCCCCUCACAAUAAGAAAAAAAAAAAAAAGGCAAAACCCAAAAGGUAGCUUUUCAGACUGGCUUUUCUUCGGGCUUCAUGCACCCCACGCAGCUCAAUUAAGCUAAGUUAGGCAUACAUUGAAGCCCCAGAAAUGGGGUGUGAGAAGAAAUUGUCAGGUAUAGGUAUAAGAGCUCAGCGGUGCUUUGCAAGCAAAGUCAUUUUCUUGACUGCUCAUUGUUAUGCUAUGUUCUAUAACAUUCAUGUUUGUGAUGAAAAAUGAAUUUGUUUUUGGAGUUGAAAAUGAAUUCAAUAAAAAAAAAAAAAAACAUUGUGUUUACAUUCUGA